ACGGACGGACGGACGGCCGAGCGGCCGAGGCGAGCGCGCACUCGGACGCGCCCGGACGCAGCUCGCCCGGCGGCGGCGGCGGCGAUCACCGGCCGGUCCGGCAGCCGCGGCGCCCGCCCUCGCCCGCGCCCCAUGGGGUCACAGAGUCUGUAGAAGAGGCAGCACCAGACUUCCCAAUGAACAACCGAAAGGAAGAUAUGGAAAUCACGUCCCACUACCGGCACCUGCUCCGCGAGCUCAACGAGCAGAGGCAGCACGGCGUCCUGUGCGACGUCUGCGUGGUCGUGGAGGGCAAGGUCUUCAAGGCGCACAAGAACGUCCUGCUCGGGAGCAGCCGCUACUUCAAGACGCUGUACUGCCAGGUGCAGAAGACGUCGGACCAGGCCACGGUCACCCACCUGGACAUCGUCACGGCCCAGGGCUUCAAGGCCAUCAUCGACUUCAUGUACUCGGCGCACCUGGCGCUCACCAGCAGGAACGUCAUCGAGGUGAUGUCGGCCGCCAGCUUCCUGCAGAUGACGGACAUCGUGCAGGCGUGCCACGACUUCAUCAAGGCCGCGCUGGACAUCAGCAUCAAGUCCGACGCCUCCGACGAGCUCGCGGAGUUCGAGGUGGGCGCCCCGGCCGGCGGCAGCACGGAGGCGCUGAUCUCCGCCGUGAUGGCCGGAAGGAGCAUCUCCCCGUGGCUGGCUCGGCGAACGAGCCCCGCCAACUCCUCCGGGGACUCGGCCAUCGCCAGCUGCCACGAAGGAGGGAGCAGCUACGGGAAGGAGGACGCAGAGCCCAAGGCCGAUGGCCCCGACGACGUCUCCUCGCAGUCGCUGUGGCCGGGAGACGUGGGCUUCGGGCCUUUGCGCAUCAAGGAAGAGCAGGUCUCGCCGUCUGCGUACGGGGCCGGCGAGCUGCCGUCCGCCAAGGACGCCGCAGGGCAGAACUUCUCGGAGCAGGGCGCCGGGGACGGCUGGCAGCCCACGGGCCGCAGGAAGAACCGGAAAAACAAGGAGACCGUGCGGCACAUCACGCAGCAGGUGGAGGACGACAGCCGCGCCAGCUCCCCGGGCUGCCCCUUCCUGCCGGCGUCGGGGUGGCCCUUCGGCAGCCGAGACUCAAAUGCAGACCUGACUGUCACGGAGGCCAGCAGCUCGGACAGCCGCGGGGAGCGGGCGGAGCUCUACGCGCAGGUGGAGGACGGCCUCCUGGGAGGCGAAGCCGGCUACCUGGGCGCGGCCCUCACCCCCGAGAAGGACGACGCGCUGCACCAGGCGACCGCGGUGGCCAACCUGCGAGCAGCGCUCAUGAGCAAGAACAGCCUGCUGUCCCUCAAGGCCGACGUGCUGGGGGACGACGGCUCCCUGCUGUUCGAGUACCUGCCCAAAGGUGCCCACUCGCUGUCCCUGAACGAGUUCACAGUGAUCAGGAAGAAGUUCAAGUGCCCGUACUGCAGCUUCUCGGCCAUGCACCAGUGCAUCCUGAAGCGGCACAUGCGCUCGCACACGGGGGAGCGGCCCUACCCCUGCGAGAUCUGCGGGAAGAAGUUUACGCGGCGGGAGCACAUGAAGCGGCACACGCUGGUCCACAGCAAGGACAAGAAGUACGUGUGCAAGGUGUGCAGCCGCGUGUUCAUGUCUGCCGCCAGUGUGGGCAUCAGGCACGGCUCCCGGCGCCACGGCGUGUGUGCCGACUGCGCUGGCCGUGGCAUGGCCGGGCCUCGGGACCACGGCGGCGGGGGCGGCGAGGGCUCCCCGGAGGCGCUGUUCCCCGGUGACGGGCCCUACCUGGAGGACCCCGAGGACCCUCGCGGUGAGGGCGAGGAGCUGGGCGAGGACCUGGCCCCCGAGGACGCGCUGCUGGGGGACAAGGACGAGGACGACUCGCCACAGCCCCGCAGCCCCUCGGGGGGCGACAAGGACUUUGCCUGGAUCUCCUAGAGCCGCCCCGCGGGCGGGGCGGUGGCUGCGUCACUUUGUCCACCUGCGUGUGCAUCUCCAUGGGUCCCACUCCCGGGGGCCGCACUGGCCCCUCCCGUGGCCCCUCCCGCGGUCCCCCGACAGAAACCAGCUCCGUGGGCUAAGCCGCAGGUUGGACCUGGCGCCUGGGGGGCCGCAGCAAAGCCCAGCGACAGGGGGCACAGGCUGGGUUUGUGCUCGGCUGGCGCAGGGGUGAGGCCCCAGCAGGUGGUGCGAGCGUGUGGGUGCCCAGCCAGCGUGGACACCUCCCCCGUGGCCCCCAGGGAGCUCCUGUGGCCAGCCUGGCUUGGAGGCAUGAUGGCCCACGGCCUGGUCGCGAGUGCCACCCAGGGGCCACAGGUCUGAGUAGGUGCUGAGAGCUUUGCAUACCCCUGGCCCCCGCUCAGGCCCACCCAUUCCCCUCCCCUCAGCACCAGGUCACUGCCCGUGGCUGCAGCCGUGGCCGUCCCCUUGCUGGUGCCAGUGGCCCCGCGGCAGCCUGUAGAAUCCAGGUCCGUGCACGGAAGGCCCCGCGACCCUCUUACCUCUGGGCUUUGGUGCUUACACAGAACACGCUGCAACCCCGCUGGAGGCCGGGGGGCGCCAGGUGCUAUUUUCGGGUGGACCCGGCCUGGGUGGGGUCUGGCCUGGCCCCUGGACGCCUCUUCAGGCCACACUGGGCUCCCUGCGCCUGCCAGGAGACCCUGGGCCGCCCUGUCCACCCUGGGCCUGCGUCCGCUGUGCCCCGGCCUGGUGCCCUGGCUGCCCCCCAGGGCGGGCGGAGCGGGCUCCUGCCUUUGUUGCUGCUAACGCUGGCGGUGGGUGUUCCUAACUGCAGUGUGCUGCUCACACCUCCCCGCGUGGGUAACCAAAUUUUUAAGUAGUCAGAGACAUAUUGAGGUAGUUACAUAAAGUUAUUUUGUUUGGCAUUAUUUUUCUCACUUGACAAAACUAUAUGGGGUUGAUUUCCUUUAACUUGUGGUCCAGUCCUCUCGCUGUAUUUUCAAGGAGCUCCCAACGUAUUCUUUCUUUUUCUGGGUGAAAAGCAAAGGUCCCACCCUGUGCCCGCAGCGCAGCCCUGGCUCUGGGGGCCGACCCUGCCCCGUCUUCCCGUCCGGCCAGGACAUUCCGCCUCCCUCCGGCGCGCGCCGGGCGUGGUGCUUAGGGACGAGGCGGACGCAGCUGAGCACCCCAGACCCGCCCUGUGCACGGACUCCUUGGGGCGCUGAGCGUUAGCACCAACCAGAGAGAGUUUUUAUUUUCUUUCUCCAGACCGUAGGCCAGAAUGGCUUUUACCAACUGUCAGGCAGCGAGUGUCCCUGACACCAGGCCCGAGCGCCAGCGUCCCCUCCUGCUGCUGCUCAGGGGCGCUGGGCUGGCCCCGUGGUGGACACACGGGGGGCGGCGCUGUCCUCGGGGUCCUGUGCCACAGGGAGAAGUCGGCCUUUGUUUUUGUAAAUCAGCCACUGUUGCUCCGGCUCACAGGAGGUGCUGUGCCCGCACACAGCCCGCAGCGGGCGCCUGGAGGCCGGGUGCUCCUUGGGUCAGGCGUCGGGGCACAGGGUCCUCCCUGCCCAGCCUCUGCCUGCGGUGGGUGGGCUCGGCCGCCUGCCCCCCAGGGGGACAACACAGCCAAGCCCCCGUCCCCCAGGGAAGCUGCAGGCUGAGCCCCUCCGCCCUCACCCCGGCCAGCCUGGCCAGACCGCUCCCUCACUCGUCGAACCCCUUUUCUAUACUUUCUUAUAAAACGCAUCUGGAAACCAGACCUUUGCUACCAAGUGUCUCUGGGUUUUGUACCAGUUCCCACCUCUCAGCCCGUCGGCCCAGGACCCCGGCCCUCCUGCAAAGGCGCCUCCGCGGCCACACUCAGGGUGUCCUGCUCUCCCGGCCGGCCCGCGCCCCGCCUGGGCCACCUUCGCCCACCCUCUCGGGGCUUCCCUGUCGGUGCCACGGGGGCGUCUCCUUCCUUAGAACCGACACUGCACGAGGCCAGGGGUCCCACGCCCGGCCCGACCUGCGCAGGCAGCGGAGUGGAAUUUGCAAGACCCAGGUGAACACGCCCAUCUCUCAGGAGGCGUGGAGGGAAAAGACGUAUGUAAUGAAGGUUUUUUUUACGUGACUGAUUUUUUUUUAAUCAAUGUUCAAACUAAUAAAUAUUUUUUUAUAAAGAGGAAAAAUAUGUAGAUUACAUUUCACAUUUUGUAUUUUUUUUUUUGUUUGUGUCUGUUUAUAUUUUGGUGUUUGCAACACCAAAGUGGAACACGCAGUCCAUUGGGGGUGGUGGUGUGGGGGGAGGGGCAGGGAAGCCACACGGUUUUUGUACCAAGCUCUGGAUCCUGACAAGCUUGUGUGUUUGGACUCUCUGGGUUUCGGGGAACAGGACACUGCCAGGACUGAAUAGGGACCUGACUCAAAAGACACAGCUUACUGCUUCCAACUUUGCACAUCUUCCUUUUUAAAAAAGAAAAUUGAGAAAAUACAAAAACUGGAACUUUUUGCAAUAUUAUGAAAGAUAAGCUUAUUUUAGCUCAUUCUGUGACAUGUGCAACUCUUAAGAAAGCCAUACUUAAUGGUGGUUGUUUUUUAUUUUUUAGAUCCUAUACUGUGUUUUGUAUGCGGCCCUUUUAGAACUACUUGUAGUGAGGGUGCUGUGUGUGCUUUUCUUAAAUAUUUAUUUUUUCAACAUGCUUUCAACCUGUCAACAAAAACAGACAAAAAAAGGGCAGUGUUUGAAGACUGUUGAUUUUUUUUCUGGGGAUAAUCUAUAUUAUAUUGACUUUAUAUUAAUUAUUAUAAACCUGUGUUUGUAUUGAAGAUGUGUUUAAUAUUUAGGGGAGAUUUUCAUACUCAGUUGUGGGCAAUCGCGGCUCUGCUGCCCUGUGUCGCUGUGGCCGCAGGACGGGCCAAUGUCACCUUCUCCAUGUGGCCCUCCGGGUUCUCGUGUGCCGAGGCGCGCUCCCAGCCUGCCUGUGGGUUUUCUUUCUGUGACGGGAUUAGCUUAGACAUUCUUGCAAAGCGAUCACUUUCAAUAAAUUGGGAAAUUGCUGCUCCA